GCAGGAUGUGGGCAGAGGGCGGGACCACUGGCAGCUCGCUCUCCGCAGAGUUUCAGGUUCGCACGCGAGAUUCUGCCUAUGUGGCAGGCGGAGAGGAUUGACGUUAGCUCGAGCAGGCCGAAAGUAGCGAGGGCGGGGGAUCAACACCGCAAACCAAAAGUUAACUGGGAGAGGUGAAUGAUUAACAACGACGAGAGUGUCCAUUCGAACCAGCCUUAUCUUACUGCCGUCUGAUCCAAUCACUCUCUUUACCUGACGCGCGACUCUCACGCGUCCCCGGACACACUCGAGUCUUCCACCGACCGGUCGCUCCUCACGGGGUCGCUCCAGAGCGAAGGCAUGCGCCGCAGCCACUCCCACACGUACUGACCUUGUUUUGAAACUUUUGGGCUGAGUGUGUGUGUGUGUGUGUGUGUGUGUGUGUGUGUGAGAGAGAGAGAGAGUCUGUGUUUUCGUAAGAGGGAGAGAGUCUGUGUUUUCGUGAAAGGGAGAAGAGACUAGUGAGGAAAUGACCACGGAAGGGCAGGCGACGAGGCCAGACGGUCCCGUGUCGGCGCCACCGAGCCCCGCCAGUCCUCUCGCGCCUGUAGAGCCGGACGACGAGCCGCAGUCGUCGAUCACGGACGCAACGCAGGCAGGGAUUAAGUUCGCCAAAACGUUUGCGCUCAUCUUCCCUAUCUACGUCGUGGGCUAUCUCGAGCUCAGUUUCAGCUGGGUCCUGAUCGGGCUUGCGCUGCUUUUCUGGUGGCGACGGACGCAUGGACACCGGAAUACACACAUCAACCGGGCGCUGGCGUUUUUUGAGCACAAGGAAAAAGUCGUGCGGCAGAGUUUACCAUCAUCCGAGCUGCCACCGUGGGUUCAUUUCCCUGACGUGGAGAGAGUAGAAUGGCUUAACAAGACGGUGAAACAGAUGUGGCCUUUCAUCUGUCAGUUUGUUGAUAAACUUUUCCGAGAGACCAUCGAACCAGCCGUCAAAGGAGCCAACACACAUCUGAGUUCCUUCUGCUUCACCAAGAUAGACAUGGGAGACAAGCCCCUCAGGGUGAAUGGAGUGAAGGUCUACACUGAGAAUGUAGAUAAACGACAAAUCAUCAUGGACCUUCAGAUCAGUUUUGUAGGAAACACGGAGAUUGAUGUGGACAUCCAGAAGUACUACUGCAGAGCAGGCAUCAAGAGUAUACAGCUGCAUGGAGUCCUGCGGGUCGUCAUGGAGCCGUUGCUAGGAGACAUGCCUCUGAUUGGAGCUCUGUCAGUCUUCUUCCUCAAGAAGCCUCUGCUGGACAUCAACUGGACGGGGCUGACCAACAUGUUGGACAUUCCUGGUCUGAAUGAUCUGUGUGAUAACAUUAUUCAGGACAUCAUCUACAGCUACCUGGCACCCAACAAGUCAACAUCCACUCUAGUGGGAGAAGGCACUGAAACUCGCUUCCCAAUGCCCAAGGGUGUGCUGCGAGUGCACUUCCUGGAGGCGCAGGACCUGGUGGGGAAGGACAAGUUCCUGGGGGGGCUGAUCAAGGGCAAGUCCGACCCCUACGGGGUCAUCCAGGUGGCCAAUCAGCUGUUCCAGAGCCGCGUCAUCAAGGAGAACGUCAACCCGCGCUGGAACGAGGUCUAUGAGGCAUUGGUGUAUGAUCACCCUGGGCAGAGUCUUGAUAUUGAGCUGUUUGACGAGGACACCGAUAAAGAUGACUUUCUUGGCAGUCUGACAAUUGAUGUGGCGGAGCUGGAGAAACAGCAGAGAGUGGAUGAGUGGUUUCAAUUGGAAGAAGUGGCUUCAGGGAAGCUACAUCUGAAGCUGGAGUGGCUUUCUCUGUUACCUGCACCAGACAAGCUUGACCAGGUUCUCAGCGGUAUAAAAGCGGAGAAGGGUCAGGCUGAUGAUGGACUCUCAUCUGCUCUGCUGUUAGUGCACCUGGACUCAGCAAAACACCUGCCGCGCAAUCCUUUAGAAUUCAAUCAUGCGGGGUUGAAGAAGACUUCUGUCAAUAAAGCACUAAAGUCAGGGAAGAAGGUGACGAGUGACCCAAGCCCCUUUGUGCAGUUCACCGUGGGACACAAGAGCUACGAGAGCAAGACGCGGUAUAAGACCAAUGAACCAGUCUGGGAGGAAGCUUUCACAUUCCUGAUACACAAUCCAAAGACACAGCAGCUGGAGGUUGAGGUGAAGGAUGAGAAGCAUGAGUGCACUCUGGGCACGCUCAGUCUUCCCGUCUCUCAGCUGCUGGACGCUGACCAGAUGACCCUAAACCAGCGCUUCCCUCUCAACCAAUCAGGGCCCAGCGCCACACUCAAGAUGAAAAUGGCACUUAGGGUACGUGUGCGUGUUGAGAAGCUGGAUGUGUCCAAUCAGCCGUCGUCUGUUCAGAUUCGUCGCUCCAGUGUCCCCCCCACUCCCGCCACGCCCCUCCCCUCCAGCAACACACCCCCCCAGGUACACACACACCCUCCUGAGCCGGUAGUGGAGCCGACGCUUACAUGCAGGAGAUCGAGGAGGAGGCGUCCACGGGCUAUCUCUGAUUCGCUGUCGCAGUUCAACAAGGAGCCAACCCCAUCCAUCGCUUCAGACAUCUCUGCUCCCUACGCCACCCAGGAGCUGCAGCACCGCCUGGAGCAGCUGCACAAUGGGUCUCCUAGUUCAUUCCCUCUGGGGGAGGUUCAGCUGACGGUCAGACACAGCUCCCAAAGGAACAAACUCAUCGUGGUGGUGCAUGCCUGCAGGAACCUGAUCGCCUUCACAGACAGCGGCUCUGACCCCUAUGUGCGACUCUACCUGCUUCCAGACAAACGUCGUUCUGGAAGACGGAAAACACACACUUUCAAAAAAACACUCAACCCUGUGUACGACCAGACGUUUGAGUUCAGCGUCUCCAUUGUAGAGCUGCACAGGCGGACCCUUGAUGUGGCAGUAAAGAACGGAGGAGGAAUACUGUCCAAACACAAAGGCCUUCUGGGAAAGGUGUUGGUGGAUCUGUCCCAUGAAGUCAUCUCCAAGGGCUGGACCCAGUGGUAUGAGCUGAGUGAAGAUGGUUUGAGGAAACCCUCUCAGCUGUGAGAAUGAUACAAGAAGAAAACUACAAAUCCCAGCUGUGACGGACUACAAAUGGCCGCCCUGCUGAAGCGUUGUGUCUUAGCGCGCCUGCACAAUCUCUAUGUAUCCAAGGAGUUUUUUAUUGUUGUAACUUUUACUCGUUAUUUUACAUACAAACUUACAUCCUUUUUUAAUGUUUAUCUCCUGAUCAUUAUGCAAUGGGCCGCGUGGUACAGUGACUUUGUGUAGCAACACACGCAUACAUACACACACACACACACACACACACACAGACACACACACACACACUAACUGCCCUGUGGUGUCUGCUACUGAAAGGGAAAUGGCUUCAUUUUGCUCACCAAAACCCAUUCAGUAAGGAAGGGGGGAGAGAGAGAAAGAGAGAGAGGAGAGAGAAGAGAGAGAGGGAGGAGAGGAGAAAGAGAGAAGAGAGGAGAGAGGGAGGCGAGAGAAAGAGAGAGAGGAGAGGAGAGAGAGAGAAGUGAGUGAGAGAGAGGAGGAGAGAGAGAGGAGAGGAUGGGAAACAGAAAGGGACAAGGAGCUGAAGGGAUUCUGAACCAAAUGAAAGUAGACAGAAGUCACUUACCACACCCACCACUCUGACCACACCUACAACACUUGCCAUGCCACCACAGACAUGGUCACACCCACAACCCUGACCACGCCUACAAUCAUGACUACGCCCACAUCACAUCCAUACGCCUGGCCACACCCACACCACUGGCCACACCCACAUCCCUUACCACGUCCAUACGCCUGGCUACACCCACAUCCCUGGCCACACCCACAUGGUCUGCCCUGGUCCCUAGCUUAGUUUACCUUCAGGGAUCCUCUUCAUGUCCCCACUGCUGGCUUCCUUCCAGUCAACAUCAACAACAUCAACAACAUCAACGUCAACAACAUCAUUAACGUCAACAUCAUCAUCAACGUCAUGUGACCUGUAGGAACUACAGAACACGUAGCCCUAAGUCCACCCACCCAAUCCAAUCCACCAGCUCUGGCCUCAGUCAGCUCUGCCCUCCAGCAGCCCUGACCCCACCUACUACACUCAACCCCGCCCUCCAGCAGCCCUGACCCCACCCACUACACUCAACCCCGCCCCAGGGGUCCCAGCUCAUGUUAAUCCUCUGGCCUGUUAGAGCUACACAUCUUAGCUUAGCUUCAUCGCUUCAACAUGACAUUACACUCAUCUGGCCUGUUAGAGCUACACAUCUUAGCUUAGCUUCAUCGCUUCAACAUGACAUUACACUCAUCUGGCCUGUUAGAGCUACACAUCUUAGCUUAGCUUCAUCGCUUCAACAUGACAUUACACUCAUCUGGCCUGUUAGAGCUACACAUCUUAGCUUAGCUUCAUCGCUUCAACAUGACAUUGCACUCAUCUAACUGUACCAUCCCCCUUUGACUUAGCUACUCAGAACUGAACGAUAUUACCAACAUACGCCACCAUGUGUUCAUGUAACUGCAUCACACGCCACCAUACUGUAUAUCCAUAUAAGUGCAUCACACGCCACCUGCUGGUAUAUCUAUAUAACUGCAGCUGUAUAACGAUCAUGUAUCUUGUUCAAACCCAUGUAUCUGUGUUCAUGUAACUGUACUCUCACACGUUAUUUUGUUUAUUUGGCUUCAUCUUCAUCCACACUCACACAUGCACACACACACACACCAGUCUGCAUAUGUGUGUAGGUUGACUGUUAUAGGCCAUUAGGUCACAGUUGGAAGUUUACCUGUCUGUACUGCCACCUGAGAGGGUUUUUGAGAUGCGGUUUACACAUCACGACCAGAUCAUGGUAUCAUGCUCACAUUCCUGUGUUCUUUGUUGCAAGACUGUUCUUCACAUAUUGUUGUUUUUUUUUUAAAUGGAAAUAGUAUAAUUAUGUAAACAUUAUUUUCUCCUGAAAAUGCUGCACCACGCUGAGUCUUGUAUUUUCCUCUGGAUGCUAGUCAGUCAGCCUAACAGAUGAGGAUGUUAGUCAGCUCGGAGAUCAGAAUGCUAGUCAUCCAUCGAAGCACACGCCACCACACACACCUGCAUGAAAGGGACAAGUACACUAUCGCUACUGAGCCAACAACCGGGCUUAUGCUAGUUCAGUGCUGAGGCAUGUGUGGUUAGUGCUCUCUGACUUCGAGAGCUGGAGCUAAUGUUAGCGCCAUGUUAGCGUCAUGUUAGCACCAUGUUAGUGCUGUAUCUGUUCUAUGCAGAUGGCAAUGUUAACAUUAGUGCAGCAUGAUGGAUGGACACUGAUGCUAGCGUUAGCACAGUAGGUUUAUGAUAGCUGAAUACUGAUGUUACCUCAGUAAGUCUGUAAUGUAUACACACUGAUGCUAGCGUUAGCUCCAGGAAUGCUGGUGCAUUUCACCGCUACCCAUUGGUUAUCCUCUAGAGGGGAGGGGCAUGUGCUAGCCACUCCCACUAAUUGUGCCUUACACCCCACCCCCAGUCCCUGCAGGAGCUUCAGAGUGCCUCAGUUUUACCGGUCUACCAAUAAAAAGCUGUGGUUGUAGCCAUGGUAACAAA